UUGAGGGAACUGAGCUAGGACUCCAGAGGGAAAGCGCUUCGUACCACAGGCAGAUAGUGAGAGGGAGAGAGGGAGGGAGGGAGACAGAAGAGUGGCAGAAAGGGAGAAAGAGAGGAGGGAUGAGUUAGAGAAGUACAGAAAGUUUGUGUACAGAGAGUUUCCGCACCUCCCCGAACCAACAACAGCAAAAGAGAGAGAGAGAGAGAGUAUUGUUCACCUGAUAGCUUUGGUGAUAAGGAACGAGAGAACUGCUUAGUGCUUAAAUAGCUCAGAGUUAGAGGAAAGUUAGCAGUUCUGCUACAGUUUUAGAACUGCCGGGAAUUGGCAGGCUAGCGCUCUCUCUUGUUCUCUCAAGCAGACUGAAAAGGGCUACUGGCUAAGGAGAAACAACAACAGUAGGUUGACUUAGAGUUUCUGAAAAAUUAAAAGCAGUUCAGGGUGGAAAGAUUUCGCGCUGGCAGGGGUUUUUUUUUUUAAGAAACUUUUUUUUUAAAGCAGCGCCUGCCGCACUGAGACAACUUUAUGAGAGAGGAGACAGAGGCAACCAUGAGUUUUUAAGAAACACUUGUGAUUUCUUGUAUCCUUCUUUAUUUUAUCAUUACUAUUAUUUUUGAGGAGGACACAGGGCAUGACGAGGGAACUCAAAGCGAGCCUCUGAAGGGCAGCAAAGAAGCCAGCGAGCAAGAUGGGUCUGUUAAGCGUGGACCUGUUGAUCACUCUGCAAAUCCUGCCCGUUUUUUUCUCCAACUGCCUCUUUCUUGCCCUCUAUGACUCGGUGGUCCUCUUGAAGCACAUGGUGCUUCUUCUGAGUCGCUCCAAGGCUGCACGUGGAGAGUGGCGAAGGAUGCUCACCUCAGAGGGGCUGCGCUGUGUCUGGAACAGCUUCCUCUUGGAUGCCUACAAACAGGUGAAAUUGGGUGGAGAAGCUCCUAACUCCAAUGUCAUCCACAUAGCCAAUGGGACUGGUGAUGGCAGCAGCAGAUGGAAAAGUUCCAGUGGGAAAUAUGGUUCUGAAUGCCACCUCUUAGACUUUGCCAAAUCAGAACGGCCGCUGGUGGUCAACUUUGGCUCAGCCACCUGACCCCCCUUCACAAACCAGCUGUCAGCUUUUGGCAAGCUGGUGGAAGAGUUCUCCGGUGUGGCUGACUUCCUGUUAGUCUACAUUGAUGAGGCUCACCCAUCGGAUGGCUGGGCUGCUCCUGGUGUCUCAUCCUCAUUCGAGGUCAAGAAGCAUAGGAACCAAGAAGACAGGUGUGCAGCUGCUCAUCAGCUGCUGAAGCGGUUUUCCUUGCCACCUCAGUGCCAGAUAGUGGCUGACUGCAUGGACAAUAAUGCCAAUGUGGCCUAUGGGGUCUCAUUUGAGCGUGUGUGCAUUGUACAGAGACAAAAAAUUGCCUACCUAGGGGGCAAGGGUCCUUUUUUCUACAAUCUCGAAGAAGUUCGACUUUGGCUGGAACAGAACUUUAGGAAGAGAUGAAGUCCAGAUCUAUCGAAGGAAGAUUUGUUAAAGAGUGCCCCUUCAAAGUGUUGCAGCUGAGAAACAGAUUGCAUCCUGAUUUGAAUAGGGUUUUUUCCGACAGUUUUAGACGAGGAAGGUCAAACGAACACAACUGAUAAACAAGCAACCUCCUCCCUCUGAAGCAUCCCCUUGCUUUCCCAAGAAGAGCUGAGAAGAGUUUUGCCUUUGAGAAAGGAGGAUUAAUGGAACAAGAAUGUUGUGUCCUAAGUUGUGUUGAGAUGUUUGGUGCAGAAAGACAGUUUGGUGAGAGAGCUGUACGAUCACUUAACAUCAAGGGAGUAUAAGUUCUCCUAUGUUUGUCCUGCUGAAUUCCACUUCAUCAAAAUGUUAAGAACCUAAAGUUUUGUCACCAUUGUGUCUCUAAUUGUGUAAUAGACAGGGGCAGGUUGAUAUAUAUUACCAGUUCCAGCAUCUGCUACAAACUGGCUACUUAUUUAUUUUUUGGAAGUAGAAAACAGGUAUUGCCAUAAUUAGAUAUUUUCUUUUGCAGCAUAGUUUAGCUGCACUUCUAAAGCCUUUUAAUCUAAACAGAAAAUCUUAUGCUAGUUGGUUGGUUUCAAUUACUGAAGCUGAUGCAUUCUGUUGUUAGGCUGUGGUGACAUCUUAAACCUUUUCUAGCAGCACCCAGCACAGAUGUCUUGUAGGGUGUUUUUGAAUCUUAGUCUGCAUCCCACAUUCUAGCAACUGAUAAUGUUAUAGCAAAAAGAUACGUUGUAUAUUGGACCAACUCUGCCAGUAUAGCUCCAGUGGAUUCCUAUGACUUUUUGACUGCAAAAAUAAUCAAGGAUGGGAAAAGCCUGAUGGAUCGGAACCCAUCCACUGGAUCUUUUGCAUUCCCAGAACCCAUUCACAUAACUGAUUGGGAAAGAUCAAGUGACAGAGUUGCUACAUCUGAGUUUGGACAGAAUCCAGCUAAUAAGCAUUUCUCACAUUCAUUCUAUUGUGUGAUAGUAGUCAGUUACAUUUGGAUAAACUUGCAGCUGUUAGCGAUAAUUUGUUUGUCUCAGACUCAAAGACUUAUCAUUUCAGUGCUGCCUUGCACUUGGAAAUAAGCUCAUCAGAUGUAGAGCUGAUCACUUCUUGUCUGUCCCCAAACUCAAAUGAGCACAUUCACAUGCCGGUCUUUUAUACACUCUACAUACCCAGAAGACAGGAGUUUUCUCUCUCUCUCUCUGGCAUCCCACAUUGUAGAAAAUUUACUAUUGAAAAGUCUGCAGAAUUCAUCUCACACCUUUUAGCUAGUGGAAUGGGUAUAGGCAGAAGAUCCUGGUAGAUGUGAUCGCAGCAUGUGCUGAAAUUUUUCAUCUGACCCCUUUGCAAAUGAACCAUAUGAAAAUGAUGUUGGAUAUAACAUUCUUCUUACAAGGGUAUAAUGUCAGGAUUACCUCUCUGUAGGAAAAACUGUGUUUCACCAUUUUUAGAAGGAAAGUAAGGGAGGAAGUAUUAAGUGGAGAGGAGAGGGCCAUGUGAAAUGUGAAGUCUGUUUGUGAAAGGUCUCAUUUUGGCACUUCAGACAUGGCACUAGUCAUGGUCUUCUUUACCCAAACAUAUCCCUUGGUGUGCAUGUCUGCAUUCACAAUCACACAAGGGCAUGUCUAACCAAGAAAAGCAUGGCUAACGCUGGCCCUGGAUGCCUGGAACUGAAACAAUGUAUUUAUCAGUGUGCUUGCUUGCUUGCUUUUCUAAAGAAGAAUAGUAGUACAUUUAGAAUUAGGCAAUAGUGUUUGUUUUAGAAGGUUUUUAUGUAAAAAACUUAAUUUAUUGCAUUUGGAAACAGUGAUGGAGAAGGUGUAUCUUUGUAUGAGGGGGGAAAGCAUGGGGGGGAUGGGAUUGGGGUUGUACACCACUUUACCUCAUUGGUUCUGAAACUUUGUCCAUUAUAUAAAGUGGUAACGCUGAUUUUCCACCCGGUUUGGCCUAGAAGCCUGCACUUAGUUUUUAAUCCUAUUAGUUCAGUGAAGUUAGUUCAGCACGAAGGAGAUUUCCAUCUCAGGGUUGAUGAACUGCCAAGCCGCAGCAGCCUAGCCUCUUUGCCCAUCUUCCCAUUUCUAAGGAAUUUUCUCUUAAAAUUCAUGUUGGUUUUACAAACAUAACCCACUGCCCUCCCUUCCCUUCACCCCGCCAGCCCCCACUGACAGUAUGGUGAAGAACACAAGCAGUUGUACGAAUUAGCUGGCAUUUCUAUGAAACAGAGGAGAGAGAAGCGGUUUUGAAACGGCCACUCAGCUCAGUUCACUAAUACCUCACAAGACCAUUGGAGAUGACCAAGAGCGGCAUGAGCAACAAUAAAAAGUCUGGUGACACCUUAAAGGUUAAAAGAUUUCAUUUGGCCUAAGAAAUUGCAAACCGCAAGCCAGAUUCAUUUAAAAAAGAAAGAAAAAAAGGUAGAUGUGCAGUGGGGCUGCUAGAAGAACCACCCAGUGGAUUACGCCCACUCCAUUUUUAUUCGACUUAUUCAAAGACCACAGAGUGGAAGAGAUGGGUUGUGAUUUGAACUUCACCCCCUUAAAUUAUGUGGUGAGGCUCCUGUCCCAAUUCAUGAGCCAGCCUUGGGUAUGGGAUCAUUUUUCUCAGAUUAUUUAAGAAUGAAAUGCAAAACAAAACAAAACAAACAAAAAACACUUAAGCAGUUGUGAAUUAAGGUAGCAUUACCUCUUAUUUGCACAUCCCCAUUUGACUUUUGUCAAUUUUGUUAAUGCACAGGAGGAUUUUGGAAUAUAUUUUUGUGCCAUGUAGGUAUGAAAACUUGAGGAGGAGGUAUUAAUGCUACUUCCCCCUCCCAUUAUUUGCCUUCUUUCCUUCCCUCCUUUAUAAAGACACAUAGCAGGUGGGCACAUAGAUUCUGAGAAAGUAUGAUAAAGAAACUGAGGAGGAAUGAACUGGGGAAAGCUGCAGUGGGAAGGCAGAGAGAUGCAUGUAUGCUCUUAAAAGUUCAGGGUAUCACACAGAUGAGGGAAGACUUGAAAGAAGAAGGAGAGAGAGAGUGGCAGGAAAUGUGAGGAACUUGAGGAGGAGAAGAUGUUAUUAUAAAUAAGGACAACAGUUGUGCAGUAGUCAAUAACAUACAGGUCUUCUCCACUUCUAGAAUAUUGACAAACCCAUGAAACCUAUUUCUUGGGAGAUAUUUCCAGUCUUUAGAAAUAAUAUUCCAAGGAGCAGGUUCCUUAGUGAGAUGUGUUCUAGUAUCUUUUUUUAAAGUUAUCCAGAUGUUACCUCUAGACAACUAUGUUGAAAUUGCUACUUUAACCAUUUCAAGUCACCUAGACUCCUAUUUUGGGCAGAAGGACAGGAUAUGAAUUAGACAAAAAUAAAAGAAUAAAUUGCAGUCUAAUCCACUUAAUCCAGUAUCCUCUUUUCCACAUCCCUCAAGAGGCAAGUUAAAAGAUGUUAUAGUCCUGUCCACAGCUGUUUGCUAGGGAAUGUCAUCUGCUGUGUACUCUAAAUGUUCACAAUGAUCUCUGAACUCAUUAAGGCAUAACGGAGAUUAAACUCACCAUUUGUGGCACAUAUUCUCUUUAGUGGGAUUAAUUUAUAGAGGUGCUGAACAGCAAGGGUGUGAAUGCAGUAUUCUUAGUUUAAUGCACCUUACUCCCACAUUGCUCUGUUUAGAACUGUACCCAUACUCCUACAACUAAAAUCUAUGCUCUACUUUGGUUGGAUCUUGCCCAUGCUCUUUUCUUGUCCCAUGUAAUUCACAGUCAACGAGAAGUCAAAUUUUUAAAUCUUCCUUUGCUUUUACUCACCUACUUCUUCUGCAUCUAGUGUUUGCGGAAGCAUGUUGUCCAUGGGAAGACAAGCUAUUUGCAGAGAAUCCUCAUCCCCUUUCAUGGCUGAGUUGACCUUUUGACUUAUAUAAAUAACUUAGUAUUCAAAGUUUGUGUAAAUCAACGGAAGCUCUAGACACAAGGAAAGUAACUCAACAUUCUUAUAGCAUCUUAGACUUUCAGGUUUAUUAUGGUGUCUACUUUGCUUAGCUUUUACCUGUUAACUUUCAGUGUGCCACAAGAUUUAUGAUCUUUGCACAAUGCAAUCCUGAGCACUCUCACUCCAUGAUAAACUAAGUUGUGUUCUGUGAGGAUUUUUUUCAGUUGAGUGUGGGUAAACUUGCAGCCUCAUGUCUAUAUCACUGGGCAUGACAAUCCUCUUACCGUUUCAGUAGGGGCUUUUCAGUAGUCUGUACAACCUCAAACAAUUGAUUUGAUCACAUUUGCUGUCAUUUCAUUUCACAUAAUGUUCCCCUUUCAUGUCUAGUUAGGGGAAAGGACAUUCCGGUCAAAUUAUAUUUUAUCACUGACUUGUAUAACCAUAAUCUCGUUGCUUCAUUCUUCUCCAAAGUCUUUCUAGGUUUUUUUAAAUUUCAUUUUGUUUUUGGGUAAAUGCUUUCUUUUUAUGUCGAAGAUAGAAACAAAGAAGCAAGACAAACUCAAAUCACUAUUUCGGAGGGAGACAAAAGUUGAUUUCCCUUGUUAUGCUCUUCUUUACAUUCCAUUUGGGCUUUCAAAAAAAUUGCAAAAAUUGCUUUUGUCAAAAAUUCCCUCUCUUCCUCAUUUGUAUGCUUGGAUAGAAAAACCUAACAAAGUUUUUGUAUGUGACGGUUGAAAUAUACCUUACAUUCACAAGAGGGAUUGUGGGUGACUAAACUGGAAUGCAAAUUUGCAUAUCUAAAGUCAUGGCAAUUUUGCAUGGCUGUUUCUCCUUCUUGGUUUACAUUAUCCUGCCUUUUUUUCUUAUGAGCAAAAGGCUUGUAAUUCGUAGACAUGUGAUUUUCACACAGAAUAGGGAUUAGGAAAGCAGAUUCUGCCAACAGAAAGUGCAUCAGAUUUCUUUCUUUUUCAACAACACAUAUCGCUGACCCAGUCCACCAGCUUAAUCAGGCUCACCAACCAGCACAUUAAUCACAGUGCACACUCUUAAACACCCUAAGAAAAUAGAAACACCUGUUACCUCACCAGAACAGCAUAUAUAUUUUUUUAUCCAAACCAUUCACCAACAAUGUAGUUGGAAGAACAUUUUAAUUUUUGUAGCUUCCCUUCUGGAGUUCAGUUUCCUUUAGUGUUUUAUCGUAUUAGCAGCAGUAUUGUUGUCAGCAUCCUUGGAAAAAAUUGUAUUAGAGUUCAUAGGCAACCUCUUAUCAUCAGUGACAAAUAUGGUGGAUAUUAGAUCACACGUAGAAAAUAACAGCAUUACUGGUAGAUCAGUAGGAGUUCAUAAAAUAAAAUCAGGAUAUCAGGUUUGAAAUAUGAGCAAGAAAGUGUCUGAGAAACAGUUCAUUUUCAUGUUAAUUGCCCUGGUACAUUAUGGGACUGACUUCUGCUGAAAGCACGCUACUGGUUUAUAGAUGGUAUAUUGCUAUAUUUUAGCUAAUUAUGUUCCUGGGAUAAAGAAUUUUCCAAAAGAUCCUUCUGCCAUUUACAUUUUUGUUCCACUGAUAGGAGAUUAUUCCUAUAAAUAUAACACAUUACAUGUGAGAAGGACUAGCUGCCUGGGAAUGUAGUUUAGAUUUUCAUGCUCUAGAAUGGAGUAUUGGUUUGGUACCGUAAGAUAACAAAUUUCAGGGCAAUAUAUACAUUUGAACUUCACAAGAGUAUGCAUUGAGCCAGAGCAACCUGAAAUGGCUAGUGAAGUAUUCUAAGUAGUCAGAUUCAGACAUAAUUGUACUUUAAGAUCUGUUGAUUGCCUUACAUCCCAUUUGAUGAGGAAUUCUAGAUCCACUGCACUAUAUGUAUGGAGAAUCUAGUGCUGGAUACAAGUGUUAGCCUGGGAAACCAGAUGUCUUUUUCUUUAUAUCUUGAACUACUGUGAAGACUUCUAGAAAUGGCUUUCAUGUACCGUCUUUAACACUUCUGUCUGUUGAAAACUACAAGGCAUAUGUCAAUGGAUCAGAUACAAUAUAAUUUUUUAAAACUUUCUACAAUGCUCUGUAGACGUGUAAGAAAGCUGAAGGUGAGAUCAUGUACAUGAAGAAUAUUUAGCCCAGUGAAAUGUCUCAUGAAUUUACCUAGCAUGCUCUGUGUGCCUUUUGUGUUUGCUGGAUGUUGGAUUUAGAUCUUAAAACCCACAUUCAAUAAUAUAACCAAAGCAAUAAGAGAUGUAUCAGGUAGGGAAUACAGGCCAGUCAUAUUCAUUGCUACACCAUGUCAACUCAGGACCCAUAUUGACCAAACUUUGGCUGGACCUAAGACUUGGCGCGCAGGGGCGAGAGGUGAGGAUGAAGGAGAGGUGCCGAUGCGUCCAUGAAGAGCACUAACAAAAGAGUGUCUCACUCCGUUAGUGUUCAGAUGUUUCUUCAUUGGCAUUUCUCUCUGUCUGUUUCUCUCAGCCUUCAGAAAUGAAGAUGAAUUUCAUAUCCAUACAAUAUGGGUCCUGAAUCAAUGUGGUGAGGAAUCACUUUUUUGUGUGUAUGCAUGUAUCCUUGUUUAGCUGUCACAAAUACACUCUGUAGAAGAACAAACACAAACAUGUUACAAUAUUGGUGCUGCGUGGACCAUGUACUUUGUAGAACUGUUCUUUUUUUCCCUUGCAUUUUAAUAAAACUGGGGAAAACACCCCAAUCUUC